CUUUCAAAUCUCUUGCAGCUGACUGCUCGUGGUUUAUGGAGAACUGAAAUCCGAAAGCCAAUGUUUUAAUAUUUUAACAACACCAGGUUUAACACCGCGGAUAUCUCCAUCUUUUCCGUUAUCCUGUAGCUUUUUUCUGAUCUACCAUGUCGGGGGAUUCUGUUGUUAGCGAAUGGCACUCGCAGCUAAUGGAGAAUGUGAAGAAUUUCGACGAAGCAUCUGUCGUCGCAAUCGCUGCAGAAAUUAAUCAACGUCAGAAAGUCCUGUUGCACGUUGUGGAAGCGCUUGGACCGAGUCUGACACACAAAGAUGCAGCGAUCCGCCAAGAAGCUGUCCGCGUUAUUGUCACCAUUCUGGAGCAUUUGCACGUUACCGCGCUCAAUGACGGAGAAUGCGAGACACUGUGCAGGUUCCUGUGUGAUCGUCUGCGUGAUCACCAGAGCUUCUUUGGACUGGUGAUGCGCGGUUUCCUAGCACUGAUUCGUAUGGAUGCGUUUCCGGAGGAUUGCGUAAUAACAAUUCUGAAUGCCUUAGCGGAAGAUGUGAUUGUGUCGAUGAUGGCGAAGAAUGAUCGCUAUAACGUGUAUUUACUCGUGGAAAUUAUGAUAAGCCGUUUUCAAACAGUAUUGGAAAAAAUGGGGCCGACUUUUCUGGCCCGAUUUGUUAAUUUUAUGAAUGGCGAACAUGAACCGCGGAAUUUGGUACUGUGUUUUCGUCUGAUGACUAGGAUACUGCGCAAAUUUGAAAUCGAACCUAUGGAAGAAAUGGCGUUUGAUGUUGUGGCUUGUUAUUUCCCUGUUGAUUUUACUCCUUCAAACAAGGAAGAUAUCGAAUCGAACAUCAGGGAUACGCUGGUCAUCGGACUGCGACGGUGCCUCACAAUAGCUCCACAGUUUGCGAAGUUUUUAUUACCGUUACUGUUGGAGAAACUGAUGUCGGAUUUAAAGGAUGCGAAGGUGGAAGCUUUAAAAACACUCACUGCUUGCUGUAAUUCCGAGCCUCCACGGGAUGUUAUUUUGGAACAUCUCCCUGUUCUCUGGCCCGCAGUACGCAAAGAAAUCCUGACUGCCACAUCUGACAGCAUCGAGGAGGCCGCUUUGGAAGCCCUGACGGCUGUCACGCGCUAUCUCGCUUCCGGUGUACAGCAAGGGAAGAAUGGUGUAGAUGCCUUCGUUGCAACUGUGAUUAAGGAUGUUGAUCCUUAUCUUCGUAAACCCGAACUGCAGUUACAGCAGUCGACGGGAAAAAUUUUACGGGCCAUAUCACUGGGCUCUAGUAAUGCGUGCUCUGCCAUCGCUACUUCUGUGUUGCCAAACGGUGUCAAGCUCUAUAUGGACCAAGUCCAACCAGAGAGCCGUUUAGCCAUUGUUAGCGUAAUGACGCUGCAGCUGCGCACCAUGGCCGAAAUACCAUCCGGACAUAUCUUCACCGUGCCGGACAAAAAUUCCAUCGUAACAUUGUAUCAGUCCAUCAUAUCGGAUACUCCACAGAGUAUGACGACAUGCCUCGGCAUCUCUGGUUUGGCGCAUAUGUUGAUGUUGCGCGAUGAGAAGAAUGAGCCGUUUGUGGAGCUGACCAAAGUCGAACAGAUCUGCAAUACGUUUAUUACGGGAAUUAUGUACUAUGAAAAUCCCGGCGUCGUGGAUGAAGUUAUAAAUUUUUUCACCAUGGUCGGACAGGAAGAGGAUGAACAGUACAUUUAUGGAAAGCUGUUGCCGAAGUUGUUGGAGUUCAUGCAGAGUCAUGAAGUGUUGCCGAUUCCCCAGAGGUUGUUGGAUGUGGCUACGGCGAUACUGAAGACGUCGCGGCCGAAACGGGUACCCACAAUUAUCCCCGUGCUCCUCGAGAGAAUCCAGUUUCUGGACGAAAAUGGACCCUAUGUUCCUACCAUGAAAAUGUAUUUGGACAUCAUUGCUUCGUAUGUGGAGGGCAUUCAUUCGCCUAUAGAAGCUGACGAGCUCUGUGAACUGGUGUUGCUACCAACUUUUGGGAAAGCCGUUAGAGCAGCCACAUCGGAAAACACUAGCGGGUACCAGGAUAUCACAGUGCUGCACUCGCUGAGCCGAGUGUACAGGGCCAUCGUUUCGCGUCUGGACAUCCAGAGUUAUGGACAGCUUGUUUUAAAACUGGAUAAAAUGUAUCUACGAGGCGACACGACCUACAAGGAAUAUACGACUGGACGAAAAAGAGAGCAGUUGUUUGGAGGCGCCUUUAAGCCUUUAGAGAAACCGUAUUUAACCACGCACACGAGAUGUAUUUCCAUCAUGACAUCUAUUGUUUGUGCGGCCCCCGUGGGUUUUGUCUACGUAUAUGAUGAAUGGAAAGCAGACAUUCAUAAACUGGUUGAAGCGUGCUGCUUUUGUGCGGAUGAAAUAUCUUCGGUUUUUGCUGCGCAAUGUAUCGGAGGGAUUCUCAACCGGGUUGAUGACGAUGAGACAUUUGAUAAUCUUCUUCGGGAUAUUAUGGACGAACAACCGCUAGCCAAAGCCCGCAGCCAAGAACGCCGAUAUCUGCGGGUGUUGAUUUGGAUUACCAAAGCACUGGUGCUGCACGGUCGACGGGUGUCGUUAAUAUUGAAACUGGCCCAGAUUAGCGUCGAUCACCUGAACAGUAAAAAGAGCGGGGAAGAAGCGGCCGACGGAUUCCGUGUUGUUUUAGAGGAUUCCUCUUUUGUGCUGAAUCCGUCGAUGAACGCCAUUGUCAGUCCGCUAUUCCGGCAGAAAUUCUUCAACGUUGUCCUACCAUUGGUGCUGAAUAGCUACAAAGAAAUCGAGAACGCGGAAGAAGCCUGGAAAAAGCGGAAUCACCUGGUGGCGUUGUCGCAUUUACUGAAGAAUGUGCCACAAAUUGUCGCUAGACCGAAUAUGCCGUUGGUUGUCCCGCUGCUUCUUCAGUCCUUGAGCAGUCCGGAUAUCGAACUGCUUAUCUCUACGCUGAACUCUUUUGAGGAGUUAUUGACGGAUUCGGACGCCGACACAGUGUCAGCAUCUCUGGGUACUCCAUCCAUCCCACCCCUAAUCGAAAAGCUGUUGGAAUUAUGUGUACAUCAGUCUAGUAUGAGUAUCAGGAUUGCUGCUCUAAAAUGUUUGGAACUGGUCAGUUCACAACUACCGGUGCCGCCGCUUUUGCCAUAUAAAAGCAAAGUUCUGAAGAGAUUGGCUUUAUGUGUGGAUGAUAAGAAAAGAAAGGUUCGGGAAGUGGCGGUGGAAACUCGAGGAUCAUGGUUUCUCGUGGGGCAAGCCAAUAAAGCAGGAUAAUAAAGCUGGAGAUUAUUUGCGCGGCCUGAUGUAUUUAUUUCGUGAUUGCGACUACGCUUUUGUGAAUGUUAUUUGCGAUGCAUCUUUCAUUGUUGUUCCUGCUGUUUCUGCUUUAACCGCAGAUCAGUUCACUUACUUGAAUGUUUUACUGAAACGAUCCGGGAAUUUUAUUCAAGUGGUUGUUCUCUCUUCCGCUGUUUAGAUAUACGAGUUCAGUAAGCAUUGAGCACCAUGACUGACGAGCUUCAGUAGAACCAUAGAGUAGAAGUAUUUUUGAUUUCAAUGUGCUUCUGGUGACGAUAUUUGACCAUAAAGCAGAAUUACAAUAACAG